UGUAAGGCAACAGGGCAGACACUAACAGUCUCGUAGGCAUAAUUUACUAACAACUUUUUAAACGUAAGCAACCGACUCGAAUCAAGUGCUACGACUCAGAGAAAAAAUAUCUUGUUGCAUAUUCACUGAAGUGUAAAAUAUUUUUAACAAAUUUAAGACAUUACUGGUGCAGACUGUAAAAUAUUCAUAAUAUACCUAUUUAUUUUGGACUUUUUGAGAGGGUAUUAUUUUUUUCUAAGUGAAAACGACUCGUGAUGGUUCUCCUGUCAUCAUGCUUUUUUGUAGCUGGAAUUCUAGUAGCGAGUUUGACUUCAGCUGAUAAGGCUGGUGAAGUAGAUAAAACUGAUUUUGUAAGGAACAGACUAAGUGAGUUUGGACUCAUUACACCCUUUAGCACGGACUCAGAAGGGCAUUACCUAUCACAUCUCGUCUCUGCUAACCACAAGCAAAGAGUGAAAAGAGAUGUGUCCCGUGAUUCAGACCCGAAAAGUCAACAGCAGCUUUUCUUCAAUGUCACUGCUUUUGGGAAGGAGUUUCACCUACGCCUGCACCCCAAUACCAGGCUGGUUGCCCCAGGAGCCAUGGUAGAGUGGCACGAUGAAGUUGAAGUUGCUGGGAAUGGAAGCAGUAGUGAAGAAAGUGGAAACCACACCAAGAGCAGAAUAGACAGGAUACUGAGACGACAACUGCUGAAAACUGACUGCACCUUUAUUGGAGAUGUCACAGAUGUCCCAGGUGCUUCUGUUGCCAUUAACAACUGUGAUGGACUGGCUGGUAUGAUUCGAACGGAUUCGGAUGAAUACUUCAUUGAGCCACUCGAAAGAGGCACACAGGAGCAUGAAGAGCAUGGGAGAGUCCAUAUAGUUUACCGGAGGUCUGCAGUUCUGCGACCAACAUCCAACACAUCCAUAGACUAUCAAACCUCUGCAUUGCCAGAACUUGACAUUACUGGUGCAGUGGAAAACAUUGGAAAGCAGGUGAACAAGACACUCAGGAGGCGGAGACACGCUGGGGAUGACGACUAUAACAUUGAAGUGCUCCUGGGCGUGGAUGACUCUGUUGUGCGUUUCCAUGGAAAAGAACAUGUUCAGAACUACCUUCUGACCCUGAUGAACAUUGUUAAUGAAAUUUACCAUGAUGAUUCCUUAGGCGUCCAUAUAAAUGUGGUUCUGGUGAGAAUGAUUAUGCUGGGGUAUGCAAAGUCCAUCAGCUUAAUUGAAAGAGGGAACCCAUCAAGGAGCUUGGAGAAUGUCUGUCGCUGGGCUUUUGUGCAGCAGAAAGCAGACCCACAACACUCAGAGCACCAUGACCAUGCCAUAUUUCUCACUAGGCAAGGGUUUGGCCCUACUGGGAUGCAAGGAUAUGCUCCAGUGACAGGUAUGUGUCAUCCUGUGCGAAGUUGCACUCUGAAUCAUGAAGACGGCUUUUCCUCUGCCUUUGUUGUGGCUCACGAGACCGGCCAUGUGCUGGGAAUGGAGCACGAUGGGCAAGGAAACCGCUGUGGAGAUGAAACAGCCAUGGGAAGUGUGAUGGCACCUUUGGUGCAAGCUGCAUUUCAUCGAUACCACUGGUCAAUGUGCAGUGGUCAAGAACUAAAAAGAUACAUUCACUCCUAUGAUUGUCUUUUGGAUGACCCCUUCAACCAUGAUUGGCCUACACUCCCUGAACUGCCUGGAAUUAACUAUUCAAUGGAUGAGCAAUGCCGUUUUGACUUUGGAGUUGGAUACAAAAUAUGUACAUCUUUCAGAACAUUUGAUCCUUGCAAGCAGCUCUGGUGCAGUCACCCUGACAAUCCUUACUUCUGCAAAACUAAGAAAGGACCCCCACUGGAUGGAACAGAAUGUGCCCCAGGGAAAUGGUGCUACAAAGGCCACUGCAUGUGGAAAAAUGCCAACCAGGUGAGACAGGACGGAGCCUGGGGAGCCUGGACAAGAUUUGGCUCAUGUUCACGGUCGUGUGGUACAGGUGUUCGUUUCCGAACCCGGCAGUGCAAUAACCCCACACCAUCUAAUGGAGGCCUGGACUGUCCGGGAAUUAACUAUGAGCAUCAGCUGUGUAACACCGAUGACUGCCCGAAACAUUUUGAAGAUUUCAGAGCCCAACAGUGUCAGCAGCGCAAUUCCCACUUUGAAUUCCAGAAUGCAAAGCACCACUGGCUGCCAUAUGAGCACCCUGACUCCAAUAAAAGAUGUCAUCUUUACUGUCAGUCAAAAGAAACGGGGGACCUGGCUUAUAUGAAACAACUAGUUCAUGAUGGAACACGAUGUUCUUAUAAAGACCCAUAUAGCAUCUGUGUACGCGGUGAAUGUGUGAAAGUGGGUUGUGACAGAGAAAUUGGGUCCAACAAAAUGGAUGAUAAGUGUGGUGUGUGCGGAGGAGAUAAUUCUCACUGCAGAACUGUCAAGGGAACAAUCACCCGCACUCCAAAAAAAGCAGGAAAACAAUUAAGCAAGAGAUGCCAUAAAGAAAACCAUUUGUUGGAAAACAAAACCUGGAAAACAAGAGGAGCAUUCUUAAUACCUAAAGGAGCUAGAAAUGUGUUGCUGAAUGAAACAGAGGAUUCUAGAAAUAUUCUUGGUUACCUUAAGAUGUUUGACAUCCAAGCUGGUGCUAGACAUGUGAUCAUUCAAGAACAUGAGGGUUCUCCUCACAUUCUUGCUAUCAAGAACCAAGCAACAGGACAUUAUAUUCUAAAUGGGAAGGGAGAGGAAACAAAAUCAAGGAGCUUUAUUGAGCUUGGAGUGGAGUGGGACUACAGCAUGGAGGACAACAUGGAGACUCUUCAAACAGAUGGGCCCCUGCACGACACUGUCAUUGUUUUGAUCAUACCUCGGGACAAUGAGACCAAAUCUAGCCUGACAUACAAAUAUAUUGUACAUGAGGACUCUUUAUCUAAUAUCAGUAAUAAUGAUGUAAUCCAGGAAGAUGCCUAUGAAUGGGCACUGAAGAGCUGGUCACAGUGCUCUCAACCCUGCGCUGGAGGUUUUCAAUACACUAAAUAUGGAUGCCGGAAAAAGGGAGAGAGCAAGAUGGUUCACCGCAAUCACUGCGAAGCAAGUAAAAAGCCCAAACCAAUUCGCAGGAUGUGCAAUCUCCAGGACUGCACUCAGCCACAAUGGAAAGCAGAAGAAUGGGAACACUGCACUAAAACCUGUGGAAACUCAGGUUACCAUAUCCGAACCGUGCGCUGUAUACAGCCUCUUCACGAUGGGAAUAAUCGCUCUGUUCACAGUAAAUACUGUGCUGCAGAAAAGCCUGAAAGCCGAAAACCUUGCAACAGAGUUCCGUGCCCUGGACAGUGGAAGACUGGAUCUUGGUCAGAGUGCUCAGUAACCUGUGGAGGGGGAGUAGAACAAAGGCCGGUCACUUGCCGCGUUGGAGAUCAGUGUGAUGGAGAAAAACCUGAGACAACUAGACCAUGCAAGCUUGCACCCUGCAAUGGUGAACCUUGUACUGGAGACAAGUCUAUAUUUUGUCAGAUGGAGGUGCUUGCCAGAUACUGCUCUAUCCCAGGCUACAACAAACUCUGCUGUGAAACCUGCAGCAAGCGCAGUGGCACUCUUGUCCCUUCUUUGCUGUCUGAAGCUACUGACACUGAUCCAGAAAGCCGAUUUGGUUCUGCCCGCACUUCUCGAAUCACCACUACCUUAUCUUCUGCUGAACAAAAUCAUUCCAUUCCCCUCUCUGCUAGCAAACCCAUACAAAACAUUAGGGCACACACAAGAGCAGACCACACCGUGAAGGGUAUUCAUGCUGCCAUUGAGCCAAAAUCAGUUGAUUCCCCAUCAAAGACAGUUGCUCCAGCAAGCAGAAAGACUCAUAGAACGGCUGCACGACAUUUCGGCAAAGGUGCCAAACAUUCACCUUUUCCGACAGCUAGUGCACUAGCAACUCCACAUCACAGGGAUGCAACAGUCCCUUUGCCCCUGGGGGCAGAGUCAAGCAAGUCAGACACAGUGGGGGAAAGAAGGUGGUCCAGAAAAUCAUUAGGUGUAGAGAGAUGAAGUCAAGCUGAUUCUAACCUGGACUCUGCGAUUGCAGAUAAUGUAGCUAUGUCUUGCAUCUUUAACUUUAGAUUAGUCAUUUUACUGAAAAAGAAAAAAAAAGUGCUGGUUCACUUUUGUGUUGCUCCAUUCCUCCAGCAGCUGUCAAGAACAUGCAGUAUUCCCACAGCAGUGUGUGGAAAAACACCGAAGAUAUCCUUUAGGAGUGAACCAACUGUUGCUUUAAACAUUUGCACAGCAGCUAAAGCUAUAAGAGGUGACACAGCGGUACAGAUUAGGAAAUGUUUCUAGUUAUAUAGAUUUACAGAAUCCAUUUAUUUUUUAUUAUUUUCUGUUUCUCUCAAAGUAUAUAUUUGAACAACAUUAGAUAUUUAUAAGCAUAUGCAGCUGUUCUGUAAAUAGUGUAUAUGCAAAAUGUCAGUAUUAUGUUUUAAAAAGGCAAGCUGAUCACUUUUUUUCUAAAAGUACAUUUGUGGUGCCUACUAUAUACAGUAUAAUCGCCUUACCUACAUUCCUUAACUAAAAAUUUAGGGGAAAAAUUACAUUGUUUUGCAAACUGGUUUUCAAUUUAAAAAAACUUUGGUGCAGUUUCUCUUUUUAAUAAAUUA